UUGAUAUAAAUGCCCUAAGCCCUUAAAGCAUAAACACCCUGCUCCUAGCAAAGGCACACGGUCUGGCCCACACUGAUAAGACACAAGUUGUUUACUACUAGCUAUAUAAGCACAAGAUUUUUCUUCAGUGGACGUCUCUUGCCUAAUGAGAGGAGGACACCAUGUCACUAGUGAGAACAGCCCCUGAUUGCUCUGCUGCGUGAGCCUGAACCAGCUGUGGCCACCUGUCUGUCUCCGUCUUCUUCAUCCGUCUUUCGGUGUUGCAUUGCCGGGUAGCCUUUGCUGGAGCCUAGGACCCACUAGGAACAGGCUGGAGUCUGAAGAAAUGGGAGACUGGAGCUUCCUGGGGAGACUGUUGGAGAAUGCACAGGAGCACUCCACGGUCAUUGGCAAGGUCUGGCUGACAGUCCUGUUCAUCUUCCGAAUCUUGUUGCUGGGAGCUGGGGUGGAGUCGGUGUGGGGAGAUGAGCAGUCAGGCUUCACCUGCAACACCCAGCAGCCAGGCUGCAUGAACGUGUGCUACGACAAAGCCUUCCCCAUCUCCCACACCCGCUUCUGGGUGCUGCAGAUCAUCUUCGUGUCCACACCCACCCUCAUCUACCUGGGGCAUGUGCUGCACAUCGUGCGUAUGGAAGAGAAGAAGAAAGGAAGGGAGGAAGAGAAGCUGAAGGGAGGCAGCCUACACCUCAGACCCGAUGGGCAGUGUGGGCCCAGGAACCACAGCCAGAAGGACAAAUUCAUUCUGCGGGACGACCGGGGCAAGGUCCGAAUUGCUGGGGCCCUGCUCCGGACCUACAUAUUCAAUAUCAUCUUUAAGACACUGUUUGAAGUGGGCUUUAUCGCUGGACAGUACUAUCUGUAUGGCUUUGAGCUAAAGCCGCUCUAUCACUGUGACCGGUGGCCCUGCCCCAACAUGGUGGACUGCUUCAUCUCCAGGCCCACAGAGAAGACCGUCUUCAUCAUCUUCAUGCUGGUCGUAGCCUGCCUGUCCCUCUUACUCAAUGUGCUAGAGAUAUACCACCUGGGCUGGAAGAAGCUUAAACAGGGCAUGACCAACCACUAUGGCCCAGACACCGCUGAAUCCAGGGUCGGGGCAGCAAUAUCUGGGGAAGUGAUCCCACUCCCCUCCCACUAG